UGGCAAAACAGUUUUGACCCUUAGAAUUUGCCGUAGUCGAAGUCAGUGUCAUGGCGCCUGACAUCUGACUCAAAACUUUUGACGUGCCAAACUUUUUGAACUGAUAUGUCUUGCAAACUACUGGCAGCUGGAUUCAGAGCGCUCCAUCUUAGACCUUUUGAAACCGCAUCGGACAUCAGAUCAGAAGAACACAAACAACAAUCGUCAAGAUGUAUGUUAAAUGUUUGUCCGUGCUAACGUUGACCGGUGCAAAGAUGCAUCGCUAGUAGCUAACGGUAACUAAGCUAGCCACUUUCAACAGGUUAGCUAGCUAAAGUUAGUUUUGCUGUCGGGGGAUUUCAAAUGUAAUAACGGACAGUAACGUUAAGCCGACUGUAACUCAUUAAAGUGCCUGCUUCUGGCUUUGGACGGUUAACGUCAGUCUUUCAUAUCAAAAUGUGUCGUUUUCUACGCUACUGUGUCAGCCACUGCCUCCAUGCAGCGAUGACCCGGCUGGAGGAGGUCAACGGAGAGGUGAGCAUGUGGUCGUCUGUCCGGUGGCUGGGCUACCUGUCCGGUCUUAACCUGCUGGUCGCCCUGUGUUUGGGGCUCUAUGCCCGGUGGGAGAGUACCGCAGAGUCCACUCUUGUCGUUUUCGUUUUGGCUCUGAUUGUCCUCGGAAUAGCAAGUAUUGUGUACUACUACUUCAGCAUGGAGAGGUUCAGCCUCAGUCUCCUCCACCUGUGGUUCGGCUUUUUGCUGGGACUGCUGUGCUUCCUCACCAGCCCUGCCCUGGAGAGCAACUUGAAGGAGCAGGCGGCCAACUACCUGCUGCUGUCCAGUGUGGCUCUGAGGACGCUGUGGGCGCUGCUGGAGAGACUGUUUGGAUGUACCAGGUACCGUCCGGCCUUCCUCACCUCGGCAGAGCGGCUGGAGCUGUUGGGCUUUGCCGCCGCCAGCACGGCACUGCUCAUCCAGAAGUCCUUGAGCGUGAUGGUGCUGGUGGUGGCGCUGGCCACGGUCAUGGUUGCCCUCCGGAUGAAGGCUCUCCUGGCUCUUCCCAACUUGGUCUGCUUCACUGUCAUCACCGCCGUGUUGUUCUUCAAGUCUCUGAACAUCACCAUCAACCCUUUCGCCCUCGCCUGCUUUUUCAGCCAGCUCAUCUGUGACCCUCUGCUGGAUGUCUACUUCAGUGGUCUCUCUGUGACCGAGCGCUGGCAGCCUUUCCUGGUGUGGCGAGGCCUGUGGCGCCGGCUGUCCCUCCUGCCUCUGCUGCUGGUGGAGAUGACCUUCAUCAUUCUGGCUGCUCGGAAGCUGACAGACCUGGACCAGUGGUACCUGAUGAUCCCAGGCUUUGUGCUCUGUGUGCUCUUCUGGGCCAUCUGCCACAUGGUGUUUGUCAUCACAGUGUGGGGCUUUCACACCAAGCUCAGUGACUGCCAGAGGGUGUGCUUGUCCCAGGGGUCAGGUGUCUGUGGCCUGGACAAGGUUAUGGCCUCAAAGGGCAUGAGACAUUUCUGCCUAAUCUCUGAACGCCUAGUGCUCUUCACGAUGGUGUCAACGGUUGCUGUUGCUGCUUUUUGUUGGCAGGCCUCCAGCAGCAUCUUUGUGAGUAUGUUUCUGCUCGUCCUGCCUCUGGAGUCUCUGUUCCACGGGCUUUUCCACGAGCUCGGCAGCAGCCUGGGAGGAACAUGUGUAGGCUACGCAGUGGUCAUCCCCACCAACUACUGCAGUCUUGACGGUCAGCCCAUGCUGCUGCCUCCAGAACAGGUGCAGGAGCUGAACAAGCGCUCUACAGGCAUGUUGAACAACGUGCAGCGCUUCUUCGCCCACCACCUGAUUGAGACUUUUGGCUGCGACUAUUCCACCAGCGGGGUGACCCUGGAGGCUCUGCAAGCCAAGAUCAAAUCCUUCUUGGAGCUUCGCACUGCAGACGGGCCUCGCCACGACACCUACGUGAUCUUCUACAGCGGUCACAGUCACCGCUCUGGAGAGUGGGCGCUGGCAGGAGGAGACACUCUUCGACUGGAUCAGAUCUUGGAGUGGUGGCGCGAGAAGAACGGCAGCUUCUGUUCGCGCCUCAUCUUGGUGCUCGACUGUGACAACUCGCUGCCGUGGGUGAAGCAGGUCAGGAAGGUGGAGGGUCUGCAUGCGGCCGUGCAGGGGGCAACGCUUGCUCGAGUGACGGACGUGGAGCUGCGGGACCCCCCGCAGCUCGGAGACUUCACCUCUCAGUGGGUGGAGUAUAACUGCAACUCACACAGCCACAUCCAGUGGUCUGAGAGGGGCAGGGCGGUUUCUGCCGACUACGGCAUCUCCAAACACUGGAGCGACUACACGCUGCACCUGCCGACAGGAAGUGAUGUCACCAACCACUGGAGCAUGUACUUCCCUCGGAUGACGUACCCGGUGGUCCAGUUGGCGCUGUGGUGCAGCGGUCUGAACCUGCUGUGGCUCUGCAGCGUCUGCCUGCGAUGUCUGAAGAGAGUCAAACUUAACUGGUUUCCACCAGCGAUACUGGACACUGGCCUAGGCUUCAAACUGGUCAGAUCAUAGAACAAAUAUGUCCAUAUGUACAAAGGCUACUUUUAUUUUUAGAAUAUAUUUCAGGCUGAAUAUUUUCAAAAAGUCAACAAGUUUCUUUUGUCCCUGAAAAUAGGCAGCUAUUGGAUUGUAAACUCGUCGCUAACCAGUAUCCUGUUAGUUACUGAAAAACGAAUCACAUAGUUACUGGUGAUUUUUGAAAUUUGUCAUUUUAGUACCAGUUUUUAUAUUCUUUGCAAAUUGCUCUAUUCAUUUGUGUUUUUAGCUUUGAUUGAGAGAUCUAAACUCCCCUGUCAAACAGAUAUGUCGAUGUGUGGGAUGAGACACACAAUGACACUAUUUUGCACAUUUCUGCAUUGUAUUAACUGUUAGAUGUGAUUCCAUCUUGAUUUUAAGAACAUUCGUGUUGUGCCUUUUACCAUAAAAUCACCAAAUAACAUCCAGCUCGCCAGGCUGAACUUUUUAACCUUAAACCAAAGUGGCUGUGGCACAUUUUCAGAGAAAGAUCUCAGGCGUAAAUAUUAUUCUAAGCAGUCUGUUUCUAGAGCACAAAAUGUUCUAUUGUUCUUGUAUUUUGAUUGUGAAAUGAUUCCUUUUACACCUCUCUGUACUAUACUAUGCAUUAUACGCUCAAAGCUCAGAGUAUAUUCAACGCACUGCUUUGUGUCUGUUGUAACAGCAUUUUGUAAUGCUUUUCAGGGUGAUUUUUAAAUACACUCCAGCUGCUUCAGGGAUUCCAGAAAGUGUUUUUUUUUAAACUGUACUGAUGAAUGCACUAUAAGCAGAGAUGUGUGAGAACUACAUUAUUUAUAUCAUAUUAAACCCCAGAAAUUAAAUGCAUCACAUGAUAAGAUGUAUUUUCUUCCUGGGGUUCACUGCAGUUUACUGGGCUAUGCACGUUUAUUCUAAUCAGCUCGAUGUGUUGAUGUGAGGGAGUUGUGGUUAAGAAAAGCUGGUGAAGGAUGAAUGAAACUAUGCAAUAAAAGAAUAAAGUGGGACCUCACUGCUCAAAUCAUGCA